AUUCACAACACGUCAGCUUAUAAAUAUACUCAACAACUCAGCAAGUAGGCCUUGGGUGUUUUUGUUCAUUAAAGUUUAAACAGUGGUAUUUUUGUUGUAUACUUUGUAAAAAGUAAUAAUAAAGAACAAUGAGUCUUGUACGCGAGAUCAACGAUGAUGCCCACUUUUUCACCGAAUUGCAGAGUUCCGGCACAAAGCUUGUUGUUGUUGACUUCACGGCUUCCUGGUGUGGUCCGUGUAGAAAAAUCAAACCGGUGUUUGAGCAAUUGUCGACAAAAUACUCGAAAGCUGUCUUCCUGAAAGUCGACGUGGACAAGUGCGCGGAAACGGCGGCCAGGGAGGGCGUGAGCGCAAUGCCGACCUUCUUUUUUUACCGCAACAGGACGAAACUCGGGCAGUGCCAGGGUGCCGAUCCCACUGCUCUCGAGACCAACAUCGUGCGCUUUUAUGACUCGGGAGAGGUCGACGAUGCCAGCGAGGGAUCCGUAGCUGGACAUAUGGAUCUUACUCCUUUUAUCAUGAAGGCGCAAUGUGAGUGCUUAAAUGAAUCUGAUGAACAUUGUCUUGCUCACUGUCUCACACCAGAUGGUGGAUAUUUGCAAAGUGACUGCGAUGAACAGUUAAUUAUUUCUAUAACUUUUACACAAGCUGUUAAGGUGCACUCUUUAAAAAUUAAGGCUCCAGCUGAUAAAGGUCCCAAAACCAUGAAACUCUUUAUUAAUCAGCCAAGAACUAUUGACUUUGAUAUGGCGCUCUCAAACACAAGUAUUCAAGAUCUCGAAUUAUCUGUUAGUGACAUAGAAGAAGGAAAUCCUGUACAGUUAAAAUAUGUAAAAUUUCAAAAUGUACAAAACCUGCAAUUAUUUGUUAAGGAUAAUCAAACUGAUAGUGACACUACACAAAUUGAUCACUUGUGUAUCAUUGGCUCACCGAUUUCAACAACAAACAUGGGAGAUUUCAAAAGAGUAACUGGCAAAAAGGGAGAAAGUCAUUAAAAAAGAUUAUUAGAUUAGUUAAAAUUAUGGUUUAAACUUUUUGGCAUUAUUUCAACUUUUACAUAAAAAGAAUUAACUUUGUAAUAACACAAGAACCAUGGCAUAUGUUACAUUAUGUAAAAUCAGU